AUGGAAAGACCAGUUACGCGGGCUGCAUCUCGUGCAUCGGGAUUAUUGACAUUGAGUCCAACACAGCCAGGUCCUGGUCCUGAUCCUCAGGCAGAGGGCUCAUCUUCGGCUCAAAAGAGAACCCUCGCCAAGAACAAGAGAGCCUUCUCUAAGGACUUAAAAACAUCAAAUCCCCUCAAAAAUGAAGUUCAAAGUAAAGCAACUGCACAAUUGGCUCCAAAAAAGAAAUCACGUACAUCAAAAGCACCGAAGGCAAGCCCUGUGCGGCCCCCCAAUGAUGAGCUUCCUCACAAUCUUGGUAAAUUACCAGUCCUGUUGCCUCAGUCUGAACUCAUUACAGUUAUUGUCACUCCUCAAGAUACAACUUCUCAACCAGUCUUCGUAGAGAGGUCUAAGGAUAACCAAAUCAAGAAAGAGGGCGAGAGUAGCGAUACACCUCUUAACAACGCAACAAAUGAAGCUACAGACAUAAAGAAACGCAAGGGGAAGGGGAAGCAAUAUCGAUUGACUCCAGGUGAAACUCCUUUCCCAGAUUGGCCUCAUCCUACAGUCGCAGAAUGUGAAGUUGUCAAUACAAUUCUUACAGACCUUCAUGGAGAGUUUGUUGCACCUAAGACUAUCCCCGAACCCUCUUUGACGGUCACUGGCUGUGGGGAAGUUCCAUCAGUGCUGGAUGCACUCAUUCGCACACUCUUGAGUGGUGCCACAACCAGCGGAAACUCUGCCAGAGCAUUUGCUGGGCUUGUGAAGCGGUUCGGCACCUUAGAAAGUGGAAUCGGCAAGGGAAGUGUGAACUGGGAAGCUGUUCGACAAGCCUCACUGAAAGAUGUUUUUGAAGCAAUCAAGAGCGGUGGCUUGGCCACUACAAAAAGCAAACAUUUGAAGGGCAUUCUGGACAUGGUCCAUGAGGAAAACCGCGAACGUCAUAACUUCCAUCUGUCAGAUGAGUCCAAGACAGCCAAUGAAGAAACAAACAAUAUGUUCCCUGAGAAAAUUGAGAAAGACAAGCUGUUUGAAAUUACCUGUGUCGAUGAGCAUUUCCUCUCUCUGAAUCGCCUCCACAAUCUCUCAACGGAUGACGCCAUGAAUGAGUUGACGAAAUAUCCGGGUAUCGGACCCAAGACCGCAGCUUGUGUGAUUCUGUUCUGUCUGCAACGUCCGUGUUUUGCAGUGGAUACCCAUAUCUUUCGCCUCUGCAAGUGGCUUGGCUGGCUGCCGCUCAAACCUGCUCCGAAUGAGAUUACUGCAUUCAAACACUUAGAAGUGCGUAUUCCUGACCAUCUCAAGUACUCGCUUCAUCAGCUGUUCAUUCAACAUGGGAAGUAUUGUCCUCGAUGCCGCGCCAUAACUAGAGAAUCCAGUGAAGGCUGGGAUGAAGGGUGCGUCAUUGAACACCUAAUCAAACGCACUGGAUUCCAGAAAGGUGUCAAGAGAGAGCAAGUUGAUUCUGAUAAAGAGGAAGCCACUCCUAAGAAAAAGAAUACUACCCGGAGGAAGACGACUAAAACUACCAAAAAGACUGUUCCUAAGAAGGCCCUCAAGAAAGUGACCUCUUUGAGCUCAGAUCUUGAAGAAUCAGACCACAAUGAAGGGGAGGAAUCGGACGUAUCUCUCUGA